AUGCCUUAACCCUUAGUUUGGACUCAAUUAAAAUAAACAGGGACAACGCAGCCCACCACUCGUUCUGGACAUACAAUAGUAACAGUUGGAAAACAGCAUAUUAUGUUCGGAGGAUUAGAUAAUGAUAAGAAUAACUUUAAAGACGGGAAAAUAUCUCCCAACAAUUAAGUAUUCAAUCUAAAGAUUUAAGGAAAUAACUGUGAAUGGAGAUAACUCACCUGCUCUGGAGAUGUUCCACUACCAAGAUGUUAUCAUGCAGCUUGUGCUAUAUCUGCUGAUAGAAUGCUAAUAUUUGGAGGAAGUUAUACUUCUAACUUGAGAUUUAAUGACACUUAUAUUUUAAAAACAACAAAUCAAUAAUGGUCAAAACCACCCAACUAAAUCAGUGGAGGAGAACCGAAAAAUGCAGAAUCGAAAAUCGGAGCUCCAUAACCUCGUUGUGCGCACAGUGCUACCUAUUAUGAUGGAAAGGUAUUCGUUUUUGGAGGUCAUGGAGGUAUUAACUAUUAAAGACUAGCCUUUAACGACCUUUAUGUUUUAGAAACUGAAGGCUUUGAAUGGACAAAAUUAGAACCUAAAGGAAAUCCCCCAGAACCAAGAGGAGGACAUUCAGCUGCUAUGAUGGCUAAUAAACCUUUAUUAAUGAUUUUCGGAGGAUGGAGCUUUUCAUCAUAGUAUUCGAACACUAUUAUCUAUGAUAUUGAAAAAGAUGAAUGGAUAGAUCCUGAAUUAACUCACGAAAUUCCUAAGUGGAAUGCAGGAGGAAUUAUGACUCCUUCUAUUCCUUCUUGGAAGUAUUUCAUUUUUGGAGGAAGUGUUGGAUAAUUUGAAGAUGGUGGAAAUAGAGCAAACUCAAAAUAUGUAGAUGAUUCUUGGGUUUUAGAUGUAGACGGAUUAUAUUGGGCUGUUGUUAAUAUGGAAAGUGAUAAUUCUGGUGAAAAAAAUACUAUAGUAAAACCUAAACCAAGAGAAAGUACUGCUAUGUUCUAUGAUUCCAAUGAAUCUAGAGUAAUUAUUUUUGGAGGUUGGGCUAAUAAUUGGCUUAACGAUAUUUGGGCACUUAAUGUGUCUUCUAUUACAGGUCCUCCUUAUGCAAUAUUUUCUAUUAAGCCAUGUUUAGGACCUAUAACAGGUAAGACUAAAAUUACAGUAAUAGGAGAUGGAUUUAAGGAUAGUUAGAAUAUCAGUAUCAAGUUUUUCGGAGGGAAAAUCGAAAAAGAAGUAUCAGGAACAUUUGUUAGCGAGAAUUAAAUUGUGUGUGAAACUCCUACUUUUGAAUAGCCUAGAAAAGUGGAAGUAACUGUAUGUAUGAAUAAAGGAGAUUAUACUAUUACUAAGAGCUUCUUCGAAUAUUAUUUGAACACUAAGGCUGAAAAAACUAUAGUUUAUGGUCCUGGUUUGUUAAGUGAGAAUAAUACUGGAACUUAAACAUGCAUUGUAGUUUAGGCUCGUAAUAAAAAUGACUAAAAUAGAGAAAGUGGUUCUGAUGAAUUUGUUGUUACAAUCAGAAAUCCUGCCAAACUUAAAAAAAUAGAAGAAGUUAAUGAGGCACCUAAAGAAGGCGAAGAAGAGGAAGAAGAUGAAGGAGAGGGAGAAGAAGCUGAAGAAAAGAAGGCCAAAAAAUUAGCUGCAGAAAAAGCUAAAUAAGAAUUAGAAAAAAAAUAAGGAGAAGAAAAAAAGAAGGAGAAGAAGUCCAAGAAGUUGAUCCUUCUUUAAUUGCCUUCACAAUAAUAGACAAUGAUGAUGGUUCUUAUUUUAUUAAUUUCACUUCUGAAGAAGAGGCUACUUUAGAAAUUGAUAUUAAAUACAAAGAUGAAAAUGGAGAAUUAUAAGCUGUUAGAGGUAAUCCUUUUAAAUGCUCAUUUAUAAAAAGCAAAUAUAUCCGAAUUCAUUGAUUCUACAAAAGAAAAUAUUGAUAUUAGAAACAAGAAUAUAUCCGAAAACGUAAAAGAACUUAUUACUGUAAUGGAGAAUUUGGAUUAAGUUAGAAUUAAAUAAGAAGAUCAUGUACUAAUUUUAGACACUAUUGAGGAAAUGUUGUAGUUUUUGAAAAAGAAAGAACUCGCGAAAGAUGCAGAUAUAAAAAAAUGCAAAAAACUAUAAGAAGAAUGGAAAAACUUAUCUAAAAUUGCUUAGGCAGUUAAAAAAGAUAUAUAAGGCCCCGUAAAGACUGAAUCUGAUAAAACAAAGGAUAAGAUAAAGAAAUUCGAAGAAAUAACCUUAAAAGAAUUCUUAAUGGGAUUAAAGAAGGAGUCUUUCUUUAACUAUAAAACUGGUGUAAAAGAGUCUUUCUAAAGAAUUCAAGAAGUAAAAGAAAAAGUAAAUGAAUUUGAAUAAAACCUAAAAUAAUAUGAUGACUUAGCUUAAAUGUUCGAAUUCCCUGACUCGGUUGUUGGAUGUAAGAAAUUAAUGGAAUAGAUUAAAAAUGAUUUGUUUGCUGUAGAAAAAUUAUGGUAAAGAAUAGAGGUUUCAGAAAAAUCUUUUGAUGAAUAUAAAGUUAUGAAAUGGGGAAGUAUUAAUACAAUGGAUAUGGAAGAUGAAAUUAAAAAAUUAAGAAAAGCACUUAUUGAUUUAAGAGGUAUUGAUAAAAGAUCAAAUGCAUUCUUAGGAAUCUAAGAAUAAUUCAAAAAUUGGGCCACUUUCUUGCCUUUAUUAGGAGAAUUAAAAGAUCCUUCUAUGAAUUCUACUGAUGGUAGACAUUGGAAAAAAAUAAAAGAUACUGUAAAAAAAGAAUUUGAAGUAAAUGAUUAAUUGGAAUUAUAAACUAUUUGGGAUCUCAAAUUAUUUGACUUUAAGGAUGCAAUUGAAGAAAUUACUGAUUAAUCUAAAUAAGAGCUGAAAAUGGAAAAAAAUCUUAAUAAAAUCAUUGAAUUCUGGAAGGAUAUUUAAUUCGAACUUAUUCAACAUAAAAACACUGAUAUUCACACUUUAAAAGUAUCCGAAGAAAAUUUCGAAACUUUGGAAGAACAUUAAUUAUAAAUAAACAACAUGUUACUUUCUAAAUAUAUUGCCUAUUUUGAAAAGGAAGUUGAAAAAUGGAAAUCCGAUCUAGGAAGCAUUUAUGAUGUUGUAUAAUUAUUAAUCGAAGUAUAGAAAACCUGGUCUUUCUUAGAAAAUCUUUUUAUUUAAUCCGAAGAAGUCAAACGUGAAUUACCUAAUGAAUCAGCUUCAUUUGUUGGAAUCGAUAAGGAAAUGAAAGAAAUCAUGUCUCAUGGUUGUGAAUUAAAAAAUUGUUUAUAAUUUUGUACUAUUUCAGGAAUGCUUAAAAGACUAGAGAAAAUAUAGUCAUAAUUAAAGGUUUGUGAAAAAGCUUUAAAUGAGUUUUUGGAUUCUAAAAGAAGAGCCUUCCCUCGUUUCUAUUUCGUCUCUGUAAAUGAUUUAUUAGAUAUUCUUUCAAAUGGUAAUUCCCCAGCUAAAAUUAACAGACAUAUGAGUAAAAUUUUCUAAGCUAUAGACAAUCUUGUCUUGAAAGAAGAAGGAGGUGGUGGAAGACCUACUGCUUUGAAGAUGAUUUCUUGCGUAGGAACAGAAGAUGUAGAUUUUUCUUAACCGAAAAGUUUAUUAGGAAAAGUAGAAAGCUAUCUAAAAGAUGUAAUUGAUACUAUGAUUGGUACAUUAAAAGACGUCACUUAACGUUCUUUUAAGAAUCAAUAAACAAUGCAAAGAUAGGAAUGGUUGAAAUAAGAUCCUGCUUAAAUUACACUUCUUGUUAAUAAUAUUAUUUACUGCAAAGCUGUUGAAGAUGUUUUCUUGAAAUUACAAGGAGGUGAUAUUAAUGCAAUGAAGAAUUAUUUAGAUGAAUCAAUUAAUUUACUUACAGGAUUAAUUAAGAUGGUCCAAGGAGAUUUAUCAGUUCCUUUGCGUUAAAAAAUUAUGUGUCUUAUUACUAUUGAUACACACUCCAGAGAUGUUGUCAUUCGUCUUAUUAAUGAACACGUUAGAAAAGCAGAAGAAUUCCAAUGGUAAUCUCAACUUAAGUUUUAUUGGGAUGGAGAAGCCAGAAUUAGAAUCGCUGAUGCUAGAUUUGUUUAUUCUUAUGAAUAUUUAGGUAAUGGCCCUCGUUUGGUUAUCACUCCUCUUACUGAUCGUAUUUAUGUCACUGCUACUUAAGCUUUACAUUUGAUGAUGGGUUGCGCACCUGCUGGUCCUGCUGGAACUGGAAAGACAGAAACAACAAAAGAUUUAGCAAAUGCCUUAGCUAAAGCAUGCUAUGUAUUUAACUGUUCAUCUGAAAUGAACUAUGAAUCUAUGGGUAAUAUCUAUAAAGGAUUAGCCUCUAGUGGUUGCUGGGGUUGUUUUGACGAAUUCAAUAGAUUACUUCCUGAAGUACUUUCCGUAUGUUCUGUAUAAUUUAAAGCUGUUACUGAUGCAAUUAAAUAAGGAGCAGAAAGAUUCAUGCUCGAAGGUGAUGAAAUUUCACUUGAUCCUACUUGUGGUGUAUUCAUUACUAUGAACCCAGGUUAUUUAGGCCGUGCGGAAUUACCUGAAGGUUUAAAAGCACUUUUCAGACCCAUUACAGUUGUUGUUCCUGAUUUGGAACUUAUUUGUGAAAAUAUGCUUAUGGCAGAAGGUUUUGUAGAAGCUAAGAUUCUUGCGAAGAAAUUCGUUACUUUAUAUAUGUUGUGCAGAGAUUUGCUAUCUAAAUAAUUGCAUUACGAUUGGGGUUUAAGGGCAAUUAAAUCAGUACUUGUCGUGGCUGGUGGUUUCAAAAGAAGUGAACUUACUAUUUCUGAAUAAGCUUUACUUAUGAGAGCUUUAAGAGAUUUCAAUAUUCCUAAAAUUGCAUAUUAAGAUUUAUAUGUUUUCCACGGUUUAUUGGGUGAUUUGUUCCCUGGAAUCGAUGUCAAACCUAAAAAAGAUUUGGCUUUUGAAAAAGUUGUAUGUGAUGUUUGUGUAGAAAAUAAACUUGACCCAUCUCCUGAAUUUGUGCUUAAAGUUAUUUAACUUGGAGAACUCUUAGCUAUUAGACAUUGUGUGUUUGUUAUGGGACCCCCUGCUGCUGGUAAAUCUUCAACAUGGAAAAUUUUAGCUAAAUCUUAAGAUAAAGUUAAUAAGAAAACAAUAUUAGUUGAUAUGGAUCCUAAAGUUGUAUCAACAAAAGAUUUCUACGGAUAUAAUUUACCAUCUAAAGAAUGGAAAGAUGGUCUUUUCUCAAAAAUGUUACGUACACUAGCCGAAACUCCAGAUUUGAACAUAAAAUGGAUAGUUUUAGAUGGUGAUUUGGAUGCAAAUUGGAUUGAAUCCAUGAACUCAGUUAUGGACGAUAAUAAGAUUUUAACUUUGGCAAAUAAUGAGCGUAUUCCUUUAAAGCCUCAUAUGAGAGCAAUUUUCGAAAUUAGAGAUUUACGUUUUGCUACACCUGCUACUGUAUCAAGAGCUGGUAUUCUUUAUAUUUCUGAUGAAGGUGGUUAUUAAUGGAGAUCUUAUGUAAAAUCUUGGAUUAAAUAAGAAUUCCCUUCAGAUGCUGAAAUGUAAAAGAACUUAGAUUAACUUUUCAUGAAAUUUGUUCCCGAUACAUUAGAUCAUAUUAAAAAACACUGCAGAUUCUUAGUGCCUGUAUCUCCUAUGUCAUAAGUAGUUUCUAUUUGUAAGGCUUUAUAAACUUUACUCAAAGGAGAAGUCAAAAACUUAGAAUAUUUAUUCGUUUAUGCACUUAUAUGGGCUGUAGGAGGAGCUUUAGCUGAAAAAGACUCAAUUGAUUACAGAAAAGACUUUUCUACUUGGUGGAAAGGAGCUUGGAAAACAGCAGUAAAAUUUCCUGGAAAAGGAACUAUUUUUGAUUAUUAUGUUGAUUAAAGUGGAGACUCUUCCAAAUUUACAGAAUGGAAUAAAAAAUUACAAAAUAAAGAAUUUGAUCCCUAAACCGAAACUAUGGGUAAUAUUACUGUCAAUACAAUUGAAACUGUAGCUACUUCGGAUUUCAUUAAAUCUUAUUUAAUGGUAAAACAUCCUUCUUUAUUGAUAGGUAACUCUGGUUGUGGUAAAACAUAAUUAGCUAAAGGUAUCCUUAAAGAAAUUGCUUAAGCAAAACCUGAUUUAUAUGCCUAUCAAUUAAUUAACUUUAAUUAUUAUACUGACUCUCCUUAUUUAUAAGGAUAAAUUGAAUAAACACUUGAAAAAAAAGCUGGUAGAUAAUAUGGUCCUCCUGGUAAAGUUUAAUUAAUUUACUUCGUCGAUGAUCUUAACAUGCCCUAACUCGAUCCUUAUGAUACUCAAACCGCUAUUGCUUUAUUAAGACAAAUGGCUGACUAUGGACAUUUCUAUGACAUAGGCAAAUUAGCUCUUAAAGAUAUUAUUAAUACUUAAGUUUUAGCUGCUAUGAAUCCUUCCGCAGGUUCAUUCUAUGUAAAUUUGAGGUAUUAGAGACAUUUCUGGACUGUAUCAAUUCCUUUCCCUGAUAACGAAUCUUUGUCUCUUAUUUAUAUUACAUUCCUUAAUGGACACUUAAAGAGGUUCAAAUCUACAAUUUAAGAAUACUCUAAUAUAAUCGUAAGAGCCUCUCUUUUACUUCAUUAAGCUGUUACUAUGAAUUUCAGAAAAACGGCUAUUAAUUUCCAUUACGAAUUCAACUUGAGACAUAUGUCUAAUAUUUUCUAAGGAUUACUACUUUCAGAUCCUAAUAGAUAUUAAGAACCUGAUAAAUUAAUUAAAUUAUGGAUUCAUGAAUGUGAGAGAACUUACGGAGAUAGACUUGUUUCUGUAGAUAACUUGAAAACUUAUAAAGAAAACAUAUCUGAUAUUGUAAAGAAAUCUUUCUCCAAAUUUAAUUUUUCAAGAUAUUUCGGAUAAAAUCCUGAAAAUCUUAUUUAUUGCAAUUUUACUUAAGGUAUAAACUCUGAUAGAUUCUAUGAUUAAAUGCCAAACAAUGAUAUGGAAAAGCAUAUUUCUGAAGCAUUAAAAGAAUAUAAUGAUAAUAAUGCGAUUAUGGGUCUUGUACUUUUCGAAGACGCAAUGAAGCAUGUAUGUAGAAUUUGCCGUAUAGUACUUCCUUCGAGUGGACACGCAUUACUUGUCGGUGUAGGAGGUUCUGGUAAAUAAUCUUUAUCUAAACUAUCCUCAUUUAUUAUGGGUUACACUACUUUUUCAAUUACAAUUUCAGCAACGUAUUCAAUGGUAGAUUUGCGUACUGAUUUAUAACAAUUAUAUUUCAAAAGUGGACCUAAAGAAGAAGGAAUGCUCUUCUUAUUCACUGAAGGAUAGAUAACAAACGAGCGCUUCCUCGUAUAUAUAAACGAUUUAUUAUCAUCAGGUGAAAUAUCCGAAUUAUAUACAUAAGAUGAAAAAGAAGCAAUGAUAAACUAAGUAAGACCAAAAGUUAAAAGCGAUGGUAUUCCAGACACUAGAGAAAACUGCUGGAACUGGUUCAUUAAUUCAGUAAAGAAAAAUCUCCAUAUGGCUAUUUGUUUCUCUCCAGUGGGAGAUAUGAGAAGACGUGCUCGUUAAUUCCCUGCACUUGUAAAUUGCACAGUUAUUGAUUGGUAUUAACCUUGGCCUUAAGAGGCACUUUUUAAUGUAGCCAAAUCCUUUUUGGAACCAGUUGAUUUGGGUGCUGAUAAAGUAAGAGAUGCAGUCGUUAAAUUCAUGCCUUUUAGUUUUUCAUUGGUUAAUGAUUUAGGAUUAAAAUUACUCGAAUAAGAAAGAAGACAUGCUUAUACUACACCUAAAUCUUUCCUUGAAUUAAUUAGUUUGUUUACAAAUAUGUUACAAUAAAAGAGAGAUAUUCUUGAAAAAAAUAAAGAAAGAUAUGAAACUGGUCUUGUUAAAUUAAAAGAAACUGCCGAAUAAGUCGCCAUUAUUGAGGUUGAAGUAAAAGAAAAGCAAGUCGAAGCCGAAGCUAAGAAAAAGGAAGCAGAUGCAUUUGCAGAAGUAGUCGGAAAAGAAAAAGACAAAGUAGAGAUCGAAAACACUAAGGCCUAAAUCGAAGCCUAAAAAUGCGCUGUAAUCAAAUAAGAUGUCGAAGAAAAGAAAACAUCUACUGAAGCUGAUUUGAGGGCAGCUGAGCCUUUAAUAGAAUAAGCCAAAUAGGCUUUAGAUUCGAUUAAAAAAGAUGAUUUUAGAACAGCAAAAUCAUGGGCAAAUCCACCUGCAGGAGUGCCUGAAGUAUUCGCUGCGACAAUGUAUUUAUUAGCCGGAUUUUUCCCUGAAGCAAUUGAAAUUGACAAAACCAAAAAACCAAAAGCAGUAGAUUGGAAAGCAGCCUUAAAAAUGAUGAAAUCGCCAGAAGAAUUUUUAACAAAAUUACUAGGUUUCAAAGAUAUUGUAGACUAGAAUUUAGUACCAUAAACAAAUGUCAAUAUAGUCAAAAACUAAUAUAUUUCCAUGCCUGUUUUUACUCCAGAAUAGAUGGCUUCAAAAUCUGGUGCAGCUCGAGGAGUGUGUUCUUGGGUUAUUAAUAUUGUUAAAUAUAAUGAUGUUAUUUAAGACGUAGAACCUAAACGUAAAGCUUUGAAGGAAUCUACAGAAUAAUUAGAAGAAGCCAACACUAAAUUGGCUGAAGUAGAAAAUUAAGUCGCUUAAUUAAAUGCUUAAUUAGCUAACUUGACUGCUGAAUAUAAUAAAGCUGCUGGUGAAAAGGAAGCUGCUAUUAACGAAGCUGAAAGGUGCGCUAGAAGACUUAAUUUAGCCUAAAGAUUAGUUACAGCUCUCUCAAGUGAAAACGAAAGAUGGGGUAAAUCAAUUAUUGCUCUUAAUGAUUAACUUUAACUUAUUGUUGGUGAUGUCCUUAUUGCAUCUUCAUUUGUUUCUUACGCAGGACCUUUCAACAAGAAAUUCAGAAACAUAAUGAUAAACCAAAACUUCGUAAAAUUCAUGAAAGAAAAUGUAAUUCCUAUGUCAUUAGAUCCUGAUCCGAUAAAAAUUCUAACAAACGAAUCCACUAUAGCCUUGUGGAAUAAAUAAAAACUACCUUCAGAUUCUGUAUCUAUUGAAAACGGUACUAUUCUUACUAAUUCUGCUAGGUAUUCACUUAUGAUAGAUCCUUAAUUAUAAGGAAUUACUUGGAUUCGUGAAAAAGAAAAAAAUAAUAGCUUGAAAAUAUUAAGACUUGGUUCUAAGAAUAUAAACAGAGAUUUAGAAAUGUCUAUAGAAAAUGGUUAUUCGGCUAUUAUUGAAAAUAUGUCAGAACGCGUAGAUGCUAUUUUAAUGCCUAUUAUUGCUCGUUCAUUUAUUAAAAGAGGUAAGAAUAAAAUCAUUAAAUUUGCAGGAAAAGACCUCGUUUUGCAUAAUAACUUCAAGCUUUUCUUACAUACAAAGCUUUCUAAUCCUCAUUAUCCUCCUGAGAUAUAAGCUGAAGCAGCUCUUAUUAAUUUCACAGUAACAGAAGCUGGUUUAGGAGAUUAAUUAUUAUCUUUAGUCGUUGCAAGAGAAAGACCCGAUUUAGCUAAAAAGAAAGUCGAAUUAAUUACUCAAUAAAACGAUUUUAAAAUCAAAUUGAAAGAUUUAGAAGAUGAGCUUCUUUUCAAAUUAGCAAAUGCAAAAGGAGAUAUUUUAGAUGAUAUUGCUCUUAUUGAAAAUUUAGAAUACUCCAAAAAACUUUCAGUUGAAAUUGCAGAAAAAGUCGCUGCGGCUAAAAUUACAGAAGCCAGAAUAAAUGAAACAUCUGAAAAUUAUAGACCUGCCGCAUCUAGAGGUGCUUUAUUUUAUUUCAUGCUGAGUGAUUUGCCUAAAAUACAUUCAUUCUAUAAAUAUUCUCUUGAAUCUUUCAUUAUUGUAAUUAAUAGAGCUAUUGAUAAUAUAUCCGAAAAUAAAUUAUACAGUAAAAACAAUAUGAUUCCAUUCUCUUAAGAAGGAGAAGAAUAUAAUCCUAACGAUGAAAUUGCUUCGCCGGAAAAAGCCCAUGAAACCGAAAAAAAUGACGAAGCAGUUGAACAAGAAUAAAAAAAUGAAUAAGAAAGUGAUAAAAAAGAAGGGGAAGAAGAAGGAGAAAAUAAAGAAGAAGAAUAAGAAAACUACGAAGAAGGUGCUUCUCCACCUAAAUAAGCUGCUAAAGGAGAUGAAGGCGAAGAACCCAUGAGUCCUCGUUCAUUAAAAAAACGUGUAGAAGAACUAAUUGAAUCUCUUACUUACACUGCUUAUUAAUACACAAGAAGAGGUACAUUUGAAACUCAUAAACUCAUUAUUGCAGUAAUGUUAUGUCUAAGAGUUCUCUUAAGAUCAGGAGAAUUAGAAGAAGCUGAAGUAAACCAUUUAAUUAUUGGAAAAGUAGAUCCUAAUCCUGGUGCUAUUCCUGAUUAAUUGAAAUCUUUCUUAACCGAAGGUAUUUGGGCUGCAUGUAAAGCUUUAGAAACAAUAGUUCAUUUCUAAGGAUUUUGUUAAUCUCUAGAAACCGAUGUCUUAUAAUGGAGAAAAUGGUAUCAAGAAGAAAAAGCUGAAUUAGCAGAUUUACCGAAAGCAUUCAAAGAGUUAAAUAAAUUUUAUAAAUUAUUACUUCUCCGAGCUUUAAGACCUGAUAGAUUACCUUCAGCUUUAAGUUAAUUCGUCUCAGAUAAAAUGGGAGAAAGAUUCAUUGAAUAGCCUCCCUUUAAUAUUAUAGAUACAUUUUCUGAAACUAUUAAAACUAUUCCUAUUUUCUUCGUACUUUUCCCAGGUGUUGAUCCUACUCCUGAUGUUGAAAAAGUAGCUGCUUAGUAUGACAUUUCAUCUAAUAAUGGUCGUUUUAUUAAUAUUUCUAUGGGAUAAGGACAAGAAGACAGAGCUAAAAAAGCUGUUUUCGAUUGUGCUUAAAAAGGAUAUUGGCUAAUGUUAUAAAAUGUACAUCUUAUGUAAAGUUGGCUCUAUGGCCUAAAUGGUUUAGAAGGUUUCCUUGAAAGUGUUUUCGCAAACCCCAAAACACAUCCUAAUUUCAGAGUUUUUAUUUCCUCCGAACCUCCAAAUGUUCUACUUCCUUUACAGUAAAUUAUACCUGAAUCAAUCCUUUAAGCAUCCCUUAAAUGCGCAAAUGAAGCACCUUAAUUCUUAAAGGCAAACUUAAGACGUGCUUUUAGCAAAUUCGACUAAGAAUUCUUGGAUAAAUGUGAUAAAAAACCUCUAGAAUUUAAAUCUUGUUUGUUUGGUUUGUGCUUCUUCCAUAGUCUUAUGCUUGGAAGAAAGAAAUUCGGUACCUAAGGUUGGUCAAGAGUAUAUAAUUUUAAUGAUGGUGAUCUUACUAUUUGUGCUAAUGUACUAUUUAAUUAUCUUUCUAAAUAUGACUAAGUACCAUGGGAUGAUUUAAGAUAUAUUUUUGGUGAAAUUAUGUAUGGUGGACAUAUUACAGAUGACUGGGAUAGAAGAACAAAUAGAACUUAUCUUUUAGUGCUUAUUAGACCUGAAUUACUAUAGCCAACAUUCAACUUAGCUCCUUUGUUUAAAUCGCCUGAUGCAUCAAAGUUUGAUUAUUCUGCUUAUUCAAAAUACAUUGAAGAAAAAUUACCAAUUGAAACUCCUUAAAUGUAUGGUAUGCAUCCAAAUGCCGAAAUAGGUUAUUUGACAGCUGCUUGUGAUUAAGUAUUUUCCACAAUCCUUGAAAUAUAAGGAGGAGCAGCAAGUGGAGGAUCGAAAAAAGACGAUGGAGUAAUGGGAACUCUUAUGGACUUCAAAGCACGUUGUCCUCCAGACUUCAACAUGUUAUUAAUUGAAGAAAGGGUAAAGGAAAAAACUCCUUAUAUAGUUGUUUGUUUAUAAGAAUGUGAAAGAAUGAACGGACUUCUUAAAGAAAUUAAAACAUCUCUUGAAGAUUUAAGGCUUGGCCUUACAGGAGCUCUUAACAUUACCGAUGCAAUGGAAAGUUUAGCAUAAUCUUUAUCUUUUAAUAAAGUUCCUGCUUCUUGGGAAGCUAAGGCAUACUUUUCUAAAAAACCUCUAUUUAUGUGGUUUGCUGAUCUUAUAGAAAGAAAUCUUUAAUUAUCAGAAUGGUCAAAAGAAUUAUAAACACCUAAUUCUUUAAAUAUUACUUAUUUAUUCAAUCCUAUGUCUUAUUUAACUGCUAUUAUGUAAUAUACUGCUAGAGCUAAAGGUUUACCUUUGGAUGGUAUUGCAGUUUAAACAAAUGUAACUUCUAUGAAAAGCCACGAAGAUGUUGUAAAUACUGCUGAAAACGGAGCUUAUAUACAUGGUUUAUUCUUAGAAGGAGCAGCAUGGGAAUUAGGUGGAUAAGGUUAAGAUGGCUAUCUUAUUGAAUAAAAACCAAAAGAAUUACAUCCUAGAUUGCCUGUUGUUAAUGUUAUUGCAGUUCCUAUUGCAUCAAAGAAAACUGCUGGAUAAUACGAAUGUCCUGUUUAUGUUACAUCCGCUAGAGGUUAAACUUAUGUUUUCAAAGCUAAUUUAAAUAUGGAAAGUGAAGAUUCAGAUCCUAAUAAAUGGAUUUUAUCAGGAACUUGUAUUCUUCUUAGUGAUGAUUGA